UAGAAGACAGCUACGCUACUUGCUAUUCCAGGCUGAGUUGUGCGAUCAUGAGGGAACAUUAUGCCACAGUCGUCCUUGACAGCAUGGCUGCAGAAGCCUGUGCCUGUCGCGAAGCCGGACUGGAAGCGUACAAAGGACGAUUAUAAAACUAAGCCGCGGUCAGAGCGCAAUGCUCAGCAAUCAAUCUUGACACUGUCUGCUCCUCUACCGCCUAGUAACAGCGGACUGGACCCAAUCCAAGAGGAAAGUUCGCGGUCUUUAGCCCAGGGCGUCCUGAAGGAGCGCGCACCACCAUCACCUGGACGGCCACUUCCAGCCAACGUGGACAUUCGAAGUUGCACCAAGGCGGACAUUCCAGCGUUCAGGCAAAUCAACAGCUUACUGCUACCCGUCGCCUACCCGGACAGCUUUUACCGUGAAAUCCUAAAUGAUCCGUUGACGGCCAACAUUACGCAGGUGGCGACAUGGCACGACGACCCCUCCUUUAAAGGCAAGGAGAAAGGCCGUUUGAUCGGCGCCAUUCGAUGCCGCUUACUUGGGCAGCCAGUCGGGACAUCGACUCGACAGAUUGAGCACCCUACCAAACCCAUGCUUUACCUUAGCACAUUGGUACUGCUGUCGCCUUACCGUUCGCAUGGCAUCGCCACGCAUCUGCUGAACACUCUCGUUGCUAGAGCGAUCAACGAUCAUGGCAUUGGUUCAGUCGGUGCGCAUGUAUGGGAAGCCAAUGCUGAAGGCCUUGAAUGGUACCGCAAGCGUGGAUUCCGAAAGGUUGGGACAGAGCUUGGGUACUACCGCAAGCUGGAGCCUAGUGGGGCAAUAUUGAUGAGGAAAGAAGUCGGCAUCGCAGACUUGCUGCCUUCAAUUGCUUGAUUGUGCUGAUAUAUACGAGCCCUUGGGCAGCUUGGACACCUGCGCCUCGCAUUUUGUAUGCGCGCAUAAUUUCCUUGUCAUCAUCAACUCGCAUCGGAGCCAAUCGACACCAUCGCGCAAAUGCGAUCACGUACGUUACGAUAUGGUCUUUCUCAAUGCUUUGUAUGACGUUGUCCCAGAGAGCGGCUCAACUAUGGUGAGUUUUUCUGCAACACGCUGAUGGCGCCCUCUAAGGCGAGGCGCCCGACGUAAUCCAGCCACGGAACGCCACGCGUUGCGCGAAUUGGACACUGUCGGACGGCGACAUGUACAAUGUGUCUCACCAAGGCUACCGCUUUGAGCUGUCGCAAGUCAGCCUUGCAACUGUCGGGUGUUGGCUGAGUUUGUAGAAUUGAGGCCUCCUUGCCCACUGAGGCGUCAUUUAUGCCUGAGAGGCUCCCAA